UCUUGCAGGAAGGAAUGCAAGUUUGUUCACAACAUCCACUCGGCCCACAAUCUCAGUGUUCUAAAACAAUAUGGACUUGAGAAUCUAAAUGAUGGUGAACUUCGCCAGCUUCUGCUUCAGAAUGACCCUUCCCUCUUACCAGAGGUCUGUUUGCAUUAUAACAAAGGGGAUGGACCUUACGGAUCUUGUACCUUUAAAAAGAUCUGCACCAGACUGCACAUUUGCCAGUACUUUUUGCGGGGACAGUGCAGAUUUGGCAGCAGCUGCAAGCGAUCCCACGACUUAUUAAAGUCAGAAUGUUAUGAGAAACUGGAGAGACAGGGAAUGAGCUCGGACGUUAUUGAGAAACUACCCUCUACUUAUAGAAAUAUGUAUGACAUAAAAAAUGGCAACAGGAACAUGAAUAACUUAGAAGAUGUCAAGUCUUCACAGUGCAAAGUGCGAAACCACAGCUCCAGCCAAGAGCCCUCAACUAAAAAUGAUGAUGAAUUGGAACAGAUCUGUUUAUAUCAUCUGUACAAAAGCUGUGGCUUUGAAGACAAGUGUACCAGAAUUCAUUUCCACUUGCCAUAUAGAUGGCAAAUCUCUGAUGGUAAUAUCUGGAAGGACUUGGAGAAUAUGGAAGAAAUAGAAAAAGCAUAUUGUGACCCAAAUAAUGCCAGGUUCAAUAAGGACGUUACUGGAAGUGGCUCUGUGCUGUCAUGUAUUUGCUUCCUUAAAAUGCGCUGUGGGCUUGCAAAGGUUAGACGUCUUUCUACAGCCUCCUCUGUGACCAAACCCCCUCACUUCAUUUUUACAACAGAAUGGAUCUGGUACUGGAAAAAUGAGUAUGGCGUGUGGCAGGAGUAUGGAAAAAAAGAUGAUGAUCAUGAAGCUGCCACUGUCUCCAGUGAAGACCUGGAGAAAGCUUAUAUAGCCAAAGUUUCUCCAAAGCUGAACUUCAGAGCUGGGAGACAUGAAUAUGAACUCAAUUUUGGAGCUAUGGUUCAGAAAAACCUUCGCUACACAACAGAGAGAGAGGUUUGCAGAAGACCUAAGUUUGUUUCUCAGACAGAGGUGGAAAAGAUAAGAAAAAGGGGUAUUAAAAAUACUGAAAAACUUAAGGGCAUUCCAGCUCACUGGGACAAAUCUGCCCUGCCUGAACUGGGAUUCAAGCUGAUUCAGCUUGACGGCUCUUCUGAAGAGUACAUGAAAGUCAAGGCGGACUUUCAACGCACAAUGCCCAGAACAGUUAUUAAAAGGAUUUCUAGAGUUCAGAACCCAUCUCUCUGGGAACUAUACCAGUGGCAGAAGGAACAAAUGCAGAAGAGCAAUGGUGGAAAAGCCGCGGAUGAGCGAUUUUUAUUUCAUGGAACCAGUAGAAAAUACAUUGAUGCCAUCUGUCAGCAAAACUUUGACUGGAGGAUCUGUGGCCUUCAUGGGACAGUGUAUGGCAGAGGAAGCUAUUUUGCAAGGGAUGCAUCUUAUUCUGACAACUACUGCGUGGAAGAUGCAUGCACCAAGACCAUGUUUCUGGCACGGGUGCUGGUGGGGGAGUUCACUCUUGGUAGUUCUUCUUAUGUUCGGCCUCCCUUGAAGGACAACCAAAACUUCUAUGACAGUUGUGUGAAUAACUCUUCAAACCCUUCUAUCUUUGUCAUCUUUGAGAAGCAGCAGAUCUAUCCAGAGUAUCUCAUAGAAUACAUUAACCAGGCAUUGACAAGAAUGCUAUAGUAACAAAAUCUCUCAUCGUUAUGUUUAGCUGGUAUAAACUUUUUUUUU